UAUUGACACCAUUUGACAGUUUAGUAAUUCUUAGGUAUUUUUGAAAUAUAGUUUUUGUCCAUCUGCUUCGCAAUGGCCGAAGACAAAAAAGAAAAGAGAAUAGCAAUUAGAGCUAAAAAAUGCCCUUUAUGUCAAAGCCGUUUUGUUUAUUCCUGUCCUAAAUGCAAAAAACUUCUGAUGCAAUGUCAUUUUUCACCAUUCAUUGAAACUACAAUUUCUCGUGAAACGUAUUAUCUCGUCAAAUUGCGUACAAAUAUUCAUUUCAUACGUUCCGCGACAAAGGACACCGGAAUAGAAAUUUUCAGCGAAACCAUUCCAGAACAGCUAGAAGACGGAGUAUCGAGUCUGGAAAAACCCGAUUCGAACGCUUCCAGUGUAAAGGUGAAGAAAUCUGGUAAUAUAUUUUCGGCAAUAGUGAGGAGGGCGAGAAGAAGGAGAGCGAGUAGGUGUCGCAGUAACGAGGUGAAAGAACUUCACGUGUCCUCGCAGAAUCUGAGCGGCGGGAGUACAAUAUCGUUCGGUGUUCACGUGGAAGAAGUGGAACUUCACUCUCAGACGUAUGAAAGGAAGUUGAAACAAUGGGAUAGUGUAUGUAGUGAAACAAAUACAUCUCAUCAUUCACUAGAUUUACCAGGAAAAGAUACGGCUGGCCCUUUAAUUAAUUUGAUAGGAGAAAAUCAAAAUUUACAAAACCAGGACGAAAAAUCCAUUUCACACGAAGAUGCAAAGAACGAAGGCAAUGAAAUAAUUUCUGCCUUUAUAAACUUCGGAAAACCAACUUUGAACAUAUCAUUAAUUGACGCUCUACAGUAUAUCCAAGAAACUAUCAAUAAUAUGCAUGAAAACGAAAGCCACCUAAUCAAUCUUAUAACAAAGCACAUACAAGAACAAACUCAUCAAAAAGAAAUAAUGAACUCGAUAUCUUAUCACACCAAACUGCAGUGGGAAGCUGAACGAAGAUCCUGCUCAAUAGCCAACGACAUCUGGAUGCAGCAGUUGGAAAUUGGCAGAGCUCAAGAACGAACAUUACAAACUACACUAAAUUCACUGGUGAAACAAAACAGACAGCUACAAAUCGAGAACGAGAACUUAUACAGAAAAUACGAGAAAAUCGCUAGAAAAUACCAAAUGUCUCCCGAUCAUAAACUGCGAUAUCCGCACGCUGACGUGUCGUGUGACGGUCAGAUGGAGGCCGUUUUUAGACACAAUGAGAAAUUACAGGUGAAAUUAGAAACGUUGUUUAAGAAAAUCGAGAGCUUAGAAGGCGAACUGUGUCUGUUCCAAAAACAGAACGAUACUAUGGAGCAGCAACUGAGGAAUUCGACGAUUAAGGUUCAAAAUCAAAAAGUUGCAAUGCAAAGAUUAAAAACGGACCACGAAUUGGAGAAAACGACAUUAUAUUACAAGUUGGAUUUGAAAGACCAACAGUUCAAAGAAGCAACUGAAUUAGGAGAUAUUGUUUUGGAAGACAUAGACGCAAUAAAGAGGCAUUUGAAAACCGUUUCGUUCAAUGCAGAAUGGUCUAAACCAAAGCAAACUGGAAACGAUGUAACAGAUUUAAUACAUUUGUGUCGGACAUGUAUCAAUGAAUUGUCGAAGGAACUUACCAAAGUUCACAAUGAAAAUAUUUUGAAAGAUAGAGACAUGUAAGUUUGAAAAUAAAUAA